AUGAGUGUCGACAAAUUCUACGUUAUUGGAGCGGAGGGAGCCAACAUGAUCUAUGGUGGUCGCUACCACUUCUCCAAUGGCAGCAAAGUAACCAUUCAAAACGUAGUGCUAUUCACCGAUCCCCUGACAACUACCGCACCGUUUUCGGAAUACAUUAUCAACGCCACCACACCAAAUCCCAACGCUCGCUCUAGAAAUGGUAUCGACGUAAUGUUUGGUAGUACCGUUGAAAUUCAAGACAGUAUCAUCGUUGCAACGACCCCCAAUGUGCUACCAAAGGCGGCCAUCUCUGUUCACCAGGCCACUCUUCUUAUGCAGAACAGUUUCGUGAUUUCCAAUGCCGCCAGUUUAGUGCUUGCCGAUUGGGGUACUGAGGUUGUGGACUCUCAGAACAACGUUUAUUUCAGCUUUUUUAACAAUACUCUUGUCGAUCCAGAUGAUCUUUCAUCGAUGAAUUUCGGAAACCAAGGACACAUUUUCUCAGUUCUCUCCAACUCAUUCUCCUCGAUAAACGACAGCUUCUACAGUGUGCCAAAUACUCUCAAAUCGAUCUACAACAUCGUUGGACUGCCAAACAGACCGGAUAUCACCGGUUUUAAUUUCGAUUACCAUCUCUCACUGCAAUCGUGGAUACCCUCCACUUUUCCAAUUGCCAGUGGAGCCAUGAAUAUUUCAAACAGCCGUUCUUAUUUGGCGCAAACCGACAAAUGCUAUUUCUAUACCAUCGUAUCUAAUGUGCCAGGAACCAUUAUCACUCUUUCCAACCUGGUCAUCACCCAACCAAUUUACUUCAACGUGCCGAAUGGAGGUGUCAUCCUUCAAAACCUUAACAUAAAGACCAAAAAUAAUGAUAUUUUCGAAGGAACCGUAGGUUAUUUGGAAAUUUCAGGUUCAACUUUACAGACCACCGGCAAAGUAUUCAGUUCCUCAAAUACCAAUAUUGGAUCGAUUUCAAUGGUUAAUACGGUUAUCAAUGCACCUGAUAUCGGAUCAUUGGAUAGCAGUAGUUAUGUCGAACCAUACCAGCCCAUCUACCAGUUUUCCGCCAGCGACUUGGCGAUUUCAGCCUACCAACCAAACACAACAAUUCGUGUCAACUCUACCCUUCCGAUCGGUGUCACAAUAACACUAAAGAAUGGUACAGCUUUCAAUGGAAACGAUGUAGAAUGUAAGUUUGAGGAUCUCAGCCGACCAGAUAUUAAGACAACAGCAGAGGUCAUCAAUGGCACAUGUACUACUUUAUUCAAUGGCACCGUAUUUGGAGUGUACAAUUAUUUGGUAACUUUGGUUAACACAACAUCGGACGCAUCGAUUCAAGCCAUUCAACUCGCGCCAAUCAACGUUGUAGAUCAAGUCAAUCUACGUUAUUUCCUUGGAUACAUUAUUGCAGAGGAUCCAGUCAAUUCCACAAGAACCGCGUACAACUACACAUGGCAAGUCGGAUGUUUAGCACCGAAUUGCCAGCCUACAGGAGUCUCCAAAGAAUCGAUUCCACAAUAUUCUUUCGACGAUCCAAAUUUUGCUCUCUUUGAUUACGGAUUCUAUCCAACUGACCCAUCAGUCGCACCAAAGAUUACACUGAACAACAUUCCUCCAGCAUUCUACAAGGUGACACUCUACUUUGUUUACUAUCUCAACAGUUUUAAUCAGAGUACAGUUCUCACUAUGCCAGGCUCGUACAGCGCCAAAGCAUCGACUUCCUCAACUCAGAUAACAUCGAUUGGUGCCGUAGGAACAGGUGACAAAUAUCAAUUCAAAGUGAAAUCUCAAGAGAUCAAUGUGCGAGUGUUGGACUCUGACAAUGGAGUGAUGCAAAUCAGUUGGCAAUCCACUCAAGGAAUCUUCUUGACAGCGUUGUCGUUACACUCUGAUUUCAUCAACAUUCCAACACCCAAGCCAACCAAAGGACCAGACAGCAGCAGUGGCGGUGGAAAUUCGUCGUCCGACAAGUUGUUGCCACUCAAAAUCGUUUUGCCAAUCGCAGGAGCCGUACUUUUAGUGGCAUUGUUCAUCUUGAUUAGAAAGAAGAGAAGAGCGAGAUCCAUUCGUAUGGACAUUGAAAUGCAAUCGCAAACACGUUCACAAUUGAAUAUCAGCAAAGGUUUCAUCAAUGACAACAAGUACAAUCUUCACUCAGAGGUAUUCCACGGUGUCCAACAAACCAACUACUAUUCACCGGAGCACGAAACAUUCCCACUCACAUUCUCAACCACUCGUUUGGAUUUCGGAAUCGGUGAUGCCAAGUCACAGAUCAAUCAGAAGAUGAGAGAUACCAUUAUCAUCACUAACAAAUCCGAUCAAACUCAGUAUAUCACAUUGUUCUUCCCACCUUCCAACUCUGGUAGAAUCGUAGAAUGUCAACAAACUGAGCUGGUUCUCAAGCGUGGAAAGAUUGUUACUAUCGAUGUCGAUGUCACUCUUCUCUGUACGACCAAAUUGAUGGAGAAAUUCGGUGUUUUAAUUAAGGACUAUGGACACACUUUCUUGUACAUGCAUUUGGAGAGUAUGUUGUCGACCUAUCUCGAUUAUGAGGAAAUUCAAAUCGGUGAUCCAAUUGGAAGCGGUGGAUAUGGAUCGGUAUUCAGAAGUAAGUGGCGUGGAUUGGAGGUUGCCGUCAAGGUUAUCAGAACCAAGCAUUGUUCGGCGGACGUUGUUAAAGAGGUGGAGCGUGAGUGUGAUCUUAUGAAUCGUCUACGUCAUCCAAACGUUGUGAAUUACUUUGGAACAGCGCUCCACGACGGAGAUCACUAUUUGGUUAGUGAGUACGUUCCACUCGGUAGUGUUGCCAACGUCAUCUACAACUCUGAACCACCAAGAAGAUUGGCAAUGAACGAAAUCAUCAGAGUAUGUCUUGACACUGCCAAGGGUUGUAAUUUCCUUCAUCAAUCCGGAAUUAUGCAUCGUGAUCUCAAACCUGACAAUCUACUAGUGGUCAGUCUCUCACUUGACUCACCAGUUUGCAUCAAAUUGACUGAUUUCGGUACAAGUAAAGAAGUAAAUUCUAUGGCCAGUGAAAAUGCAACCUCUGGUAUUGGUACCCCUGUUUAUAUGGCACCAGAAAUUCUCUUAAAGAAACCAUAUGGUACUCAAGCAGAUGUUUAUUCAUUCGGUAUCAUGUUGUAUGAGUUGGUAAUUGGCGAAAUUCCAUUCGAUGAUUUAAGAGCAAACUGGGAAAUUCCACGUUUCAUUCUCGAUGGUCAAAGACCUACGAAGGGACUUGAACUGGCACCACCAACCAUCAGACAACUAAUUGAAGAGUGCUGGAGAGGUGAACCAGAUGAAAGACCUACCUUUGACACUAUUAUUCCAAGAUUGGAGGAAGCUCUCAUUACUUUCUCUGACAUGAACACGCCACCCACUAAUCGAAAUACACCGAUCUUUACAUUAAAUAAUCUAAUAAAAUAUAAUUGUUGGUCGAUUGAUUCUUUACGAUUUAUCAAAAAUGAUAUAUAA